CUGUGAGUCCGGGCGGGUCCCGGAUUCGCAUGCCAGCCCUUGCUAGUCUGGGUGGGGGCGGCUUUUGGAGGAAGCCGGAAGCAGCGACGGCCUCAGCUCCAGAGACAUGGCGGGCGUUAAAGCUCUCGUGGCACUAUCCUUCAGCGGGGCUAUUGGGCUGACUUUUCUCAUGCUGGGAUGUGCCUUGGAGGACUAUGGCGUUUACUGGCCCCUGUUCGUCUUGAUUUUCUACGUCAUCUCCCCCAUUCCCUACUUCAUUGCCAAAAGGGUCACAUAUGACUCCGAUGCGACCAGCAGUGCCUGUCGGGAGCUGGCAUAUUUCUUCACUACUGGGAUUGUUGUUUCUGCCUUUGGAUUUCCUGUUAUCCUUGCUCGCGUGGCUGUGAUCAAGUGGGGAGCCUGUGGCCUCGUGCUGGCUGGCAACGCUGUCAUUUUCCUCACAAUUCAAGGCUUUUUCCUCGUCUUUGGAAGAGGAGAUGAUUUCAGUUGGGAACAGUGGUAGCACUUUAUUCUGAUGGGAAGCAUUGAGUUUCUUAGAAUUUGUACUGUACGUACAUCUGUGCACAUGUGGUCUUUUCUUGUGGAUUUUAAUAUGCUGAGUUUUUUAUACCUUUAUAUCAUAAUCACCUUAGGGAAGAUGUUGUAAACAAAAGAUGAGUUCUAUUCCUAGCAGAUAGCUCACUCCAUUGAUUCACAUUUUGCUUGGGAUAUACUUGGGUACUCAGAGACACUGGGACAGAUCUGUGACAGCCCAGACAGAGUUGGCAUUCUCUCUAUACACUGGAGCUCCAGCUCAGAGUGAGUCGCAUCCACACUGUGCUGGCAGCUUACAGGGGAUGUGGGGUCUGAAGCCCCAUUAGACUGGUUGCGUCUGAUGAGAUGCCACACUUGUCACAUGCCUGUAGAAGUCUGAGAAGCUUGGUUGUAGAGGAAUCAGCGUCAUGUCUAGCUCACUGUCCUCCCCUGGGCACAACACUUAACCUCUCUGGGUGUUGCAUGCCCAUUACCUGCCCCGUGUUAAGAAUAAGUUCAGACUCCUGGUGUUUCUAAAAUGUUUAAACUUAUAUUUGAGAUGUUCCUCAAAUUUGGGGGGAGGACCUGGGUAGGGCGUGGCGGUGCACACUUUUAAUCCCAGUACUCAGGAGGCAGAAGCAGGUGGAUCUCUG